UCUCCUGCGCAACAGUGGCAAAACUUCCAAACGUAUGAACGAACGAUUCGCGGCAAACCUGUCACCGCUUUUGGGGAUACCUCUGCAAAAGCAGCCGCGUCGACGCAACGCAACAAUCGCCAAUGGAUUCGCUCCAAUGAACCUAACAGCGCUUUCUUUGAAUUCCGUGACAUAGGCUCGCACCCUCAAAAGUUCAUGGCGAUAUUGAAGAAACAGUACCCUAAGGCCGUUGGACAUACACCAGUACCAAAAAGCUUCAAUGGGGCUAUUUUUUCGUUUGAAGAUAUGGAAUCCUGUACAGCAGUCUGCACAACUGGUGUAACUGUGGGAUCGCGUACAGUCUUUGGCAUCAUCACUCUCCAAGCAGAAAACGAUGUGUACUGCAUUAAUUUAGAACAGCUCCCUCUUCUCUCGCCUGCUAAAUUAACACCCUUGCUCAACACCACCAUGAGUCGAUUUGGAAAAAUAGCUCACAUCGGCCUUUAUGUUGAUCCAAUUUCGACCAUGUUUCAUGGUAAAGGCUAUGCAAUCCUCGAUCGUACAGUGGAACCAACGCAUGAUGCCUUUGAACCACUACAGCAUGUGAUCCCUUUCUCUGGCAAUCGAUGCAUCUUAGCCUCCUGGAAAGGCAUGGAGCAACAUUGUUUCUACUGCCACCAACAUGGCCAUGGAGUUGCAGCAUGU